AUGUCUUUUCCUGCCGGUGAGGAUUCCAGCACCACUCCAAAAAAGAGAGAGCGCACCCAGGACGAUGGCAAGCGGAAUAGAGGCAUCUUGCAAGUCACCUGGAUGGACUUUGAUCCACCACACGAAAAACCCGAAGGGGCCAGCUACUAUGACACAAUGGUACAUAAGGACAUAGGCAAAAGAAACCGCGAAGACGGUUUCGAGGCCCCAUAUUGGAGAAGUUUGAUCUCUUUCAAAACACCUCUUUCUUUUCGGGAUGCGUUCUAG